AUGGUUGGCGUACCGCGCAGCACUGGCUGUCGCGCCUGUCUCCAGCGGCGGGUCAAAUGCGAUCAAACCCGACCAGAAUGUCUACGCUGCCAAAAGCGAAAAAUACCCUGCCCUGGUUACCAGAAGAGAUUCCAAUUCUACCAUAAAACCGCCCCGGCUGUGGUUAAAUCCACCCGCCCUUCCGAAUCCGACGACGCACGUCCAUCUAAACCGACGCCGAAAGGGUAUCACCACCAGCAGGCACUCGUGCUCGGCCGGCCUACAAUUGACCAAUCCUUCGCACCUAACUUGACGGCGACCGCUCUGGACACACAGCUUAAAGAGGUCUUCUCCGAUGUCGUCUACGCUGUCUUCCCGAACUUGUAUGCCGCGUUCUCUGCCCGUGUCGAUCUCACCUGGGUCGACUUUGUCCGACAUCAUUCCGCUGCGCAGUCAAGCGCCGUGAAUUGGGGUAUUCGUUGUUUGAACACUUGGUUCUUGGCGCGACGACAUCACGACCAUGACCAGCUACAGGCGAGUCGACACAUGUAUAACCGGGCGUUGCGGUGUCUAGCCCAGUCCCUGCGCGACCCCGCUCGCGUCAAAUCGGAUGGCACCCUGGCUGCAGCGAUCGCACUCGGCGUAUACGAAGUACUGGACGGUGUCGGAUCGAACUCAUGGCUGGUGCAUUCGCGCGGAAUCGGGGCGUUGUUCCGAUUGCGUGGUCCGGAUGCCCAUCGCUCAGGUUUCGGGCGUACCAUGUACACCACAUACCGGGCGUUUCUAGUCGCAGAAGCCUUUACUUGCCAGGAGCCCUGCUUUCUUGAAAGCGAGGAGUGGCGGGCGAUGAAUCGGGAGGCAUUACUAGCGGAGGAACGCGACGGGAAGGGCAGCCGACUGGGUGAGAUCACCGAGAAUGCGUUCGAGGAAGUCUUACUCUGUCCGGGGUACCUCGUGCGCACCCGCAAUGUGAUUGCUGGGAACGUGUCCGAGUCGUCAAGGGAGUCCCUCGCCGCGGAGAUUCGUCGCAGCCGAGACCUCUUGCGGGGUUUGCAACGGCGGUUAGCUGCGCUGUUGGAGCUUCAGAUGAACAGUCAGACGGUGCAGAAGAGAAAUCCUCUAGACGGUUCAAUUCCGAAACAGUUUGUGCACACCAUUGCGCAUAGGUCGUUGCGGGGUAUGGACUCAGCGUUAGCACUCCUCGACCAGCUUCUCGUGCUGCUUAAUGCUAGCAAAGCCCGGAUGCUAGGUUCCGAUGAGAACAGUCCUACUCAGAGUCCCUGGAACAGGGUCACGUAUCAACCAGCUCCGGAAGGGCCAAUAUCCGUGACCGAUGAGGGCACUACUAGCACUAACGAGGUGAAAUCCCUCGAUUGGCUUGAUCAGCUUGCAUUGUCCAUGGGGACUCUUGCGCUCAAGACCUGA